UUUUAGACUAGUCAUCCUAGGUAGUUAGAUCCUGUUUUAACAAACCCUAUGUACUGCCAUUGAAUCAUCCAUCUUUGACUGAAUUAUAUUCACUCCAUUCAUCUUAAGUUAGCCAUGGGUACUGACUCUAUCAUUCUUUAUUUAUUCCUCAAAUGCAGGCUUGAUACGUCAAUUCAGUAUACAUUCUUUGUCCUUUCCUGCAUCUCCACUUCUACUUCCAUAUUUUUACUAGUCUUGAUUCUUACUAUUAUUGUAACUAAUACGUGUGAAUAAUUUUCAUAAACACUUACUUUAGCAGCUCUGUUAGCU